AUGGCCAAUCAUCGAGACCCUCGCUUUCUGCACAACUUGUCCUACCACCCUCGAUGGCAGCACGACUCAAUAAAAGUGAGAAGAAAAAGGCAUAUGCGGACAGUGGCUUCAAACACUUGCAAUGAAUAUAGUCGGCUAAAAGCAUUAGAAUCAUCGUCAUUAAAACCACAGUUGCCGUGUUCCCCCGCUCAAUGCCCCAGGAGCUACCGGUGGAACUGGUUUCUUCUUCCUUUACUCAUGGUUGCGUUUCUGCCCUGUCAAGCCUGGGGGGCCACUUUCAAGAUGGCCCUGGUUGGACCCUGGACGUGUGACCUCUUAUACUCCAGAGCCCUCCCUGACCUUGCAGCACGACUAGCCACUGCCCGUAUAAACAAGGAUCCCUACCUCAACAAAGGCUACUGGUAUGACUACACGCUGAUCAGUGAGGACUGCAAGUCGUCCCGUGCCCUCGCUCGCUUUGCUGAGCUGGAAGGUUAUGGUGCUGCAAUCUUAGGCCCUGCCAACCCAGGCUACUGCUCCUCAGCUGCUCUGUAUGCAAAAGAGUGGGAUGUUGGCAUUCUGUCCUGGGGUUGCCUCAGACCCAACAUGGAUAAAGGAAGCAUGUAUCCCUCUUUCCUGCGGCCGCUGCCAUUGUCCUCGCAUGUACUUUUCUCCGUGUUGCGGUACUUUCGUUGGGCUCAUGUGUCCAUAAUCUCUGAGGAGACAGACUUGUGGGAAUCCACAGGACAGGAGCUUGCCUCGUCGCUGAGGGCCCUCGGCCUGCCUGUGAGCCCUGUUGUCACCAUGGAAGACGACAAAGAUGGGCCUCGAAGGGCCCUGGCAAAAGUGAGGGAUGCAGACCGGGUCAGAGUGAUCAUCAUGUGCAUGCCUUCUGUCCUGAUUGGUGGACAAGCCCAGUACCAACUACUGACAACAGCCUUGGCCAUGCGUAUGAUCGACCGUGGCUACGUGUUCAUCCCCUACGACACCCUCCUCUACGCUCUGCCCUAUAAGGACUCACCCUACUACAUGUUAGGUAAUGACACCAAGCUGAGGAAAGCUUAUGACGGAGUCCUUACCAUCACUAUGGAUUCUGGGGAGCGCAAUUUCUACGAGGCCUUCAAAGAUGCCCAGGACAGCUAUGAAGUCCGUAGCAGCAGCUCACCAGACCAGGUUUCACCAUUCUUUGGCUCUAUCUACAACAUGAUGUAUUACACAGCUAUGGCUGCUGAGCAGGCCCGUGAGAGUGGAGGCCAUUGGGUAACUGGUAACAUCUUGGGUGAAAGCAAGGGCAACUUUGAAUUUCAAGGAUUCAACCAGCCCUUGAGGGCGGGCAAGAAUGGUGAAGGCAUGCAGGGCGACUAUGUUGUGCUGGACUACAGCGGCAUGGGCUCCUCUCUCUACUCCACUCAUGUUUUGAAGGCCGGUCACACAAACGGCGGAGUCGGCAGUUUGAAAUACCUCAGCCGUUCAAUCCAUUUUGCAGGUAGCACGCCCUACACAGACUCAGGCUGCUGGUUUAGUCCAUACUUUGCCUGCACUGGAGGAAUGGAUUCAGUCACUCUCCUCUUUCUCUUCCUUGUGUUCGUCGCAUUGGCGGGAUGUUGCAUCAACUUCUUGAUACGUUUUAAGAAAAUGGGCAGGGUUGGGUUUAACUUUGGAGGUAAUGGCGGAUCAUCAAAGGUAGUCCUGACCCUUGAUGACCUAGUCUUCAUCAACACUCAAGUCAGCAAACGGAAACUCAAUGACGACAGUAUCAUGAAAAGCCAGCUUGAUAUGAAGACACCUCACCACUCGGUGUCUGGUCGCAGCUAUUUGGCCUCCACGCCUGACAGCUCAAACGUUGCCGUGUUCGAGGGGGACUGGGUUUGGUUGAAGAAAUGCCCCAAUGGAUCAGUGACAUGUGUCAACAACAGUACAGAGUAUGUCUUUGUUAAGCUCAGAGACAUGAGGCAUGAGAACCUCAAUCUGUACCUGGGACUUUUCUACGACUCUGGGAUCUUUGGCAUUGUGACAGAGCACUGCACCAGAGGCAGCUUGGAGGAUCUGCUCAGCAACGAGGAAGUCCGUCUCGACUGGAUGUUCAAAUCUUCCCUCUUGAUGGAUCUGAUUCGAGGAAUGAAAUACCUGCACCAUCGUGACAUCAUCCAUGGACGCCUAAAAUCACGUAACUGCGUCGUAGAUGGUCGCUUUGUAUUGAAGGUGACAGAUUAUGGGUUCAAUGAGGUCUUGAUCGCCCAAAGCGUCGACAAUGAUGAUGAAAAGCCAGAGAAUCUGCUUUGGACUGCUCCUGAGCUGCUAAGAAGUUCUAGUCAGAGGAGGCGGGGAACUUUCUUGGGAGAUGUCUACAGCUUUGCCAUCGUUUCGCAGGAAGUUGUCGCUCGCUCUGCACCUUUCUGCAUGCUCGACAUGCCUCCCAAGGAGAUAAUCAACAAGGUCAAAGAUCCCCCUCCCUUGUGUCGGCCUGUUCUGUCAGUGGAUGAGGCCCCGCUGGACGUGAUCCAGGUUUUAAAACAGGCCUGGAGCGAAGAGCCAGAGAGGAGGCCAACCUUUGAGGAGAUCUUCAAACAGUUCAAGAGCAUCACCAAGGGAAAGAAGACCAACAUUAUCGACUCAAUGCUGCGCAUGUUGGAGCAGUACUCCUCCAACCUGGAGGAUCUGAUUCGAGAGAGGACAGAGGAGCUGGAAGUGGAGAGACAGAAGACUGACAGACUGGUGGCUCAGAUGUUGCCAAAGACUGUGGCUCAGGCACUGAAGACAGGCAAACCUGUCAAGCCAGAGCACUUCAGUGAGGUAACCCUGUACUUCAGUGACAUCGUGGGCUUCACCACCAUCUCAGCUCUCAGUGAUCCCAUCGAGGUGGUCGACUUACUCAAUGACCUCUACACACUGUUUGAUGCUAUCAUUGGACUGCAUGAUGUCUACAAGGUGGAAACUAUUGGAGAUGCCUACAUGGUAGCCUCAGGAGUCCCCACUAGAAACAGUAACCGUCAUGCAGCUGAGAUGGCCAACAUGUCUCUGGACAUCCUCCACUGCAUAGGAACCUUCAAGAUGAGGCACAUGCCUGAACUAAGAGUCAGGAUCCGUAUUGGCUUGCACUCUGGCCCAGUGGUAGCAGGAGUGGUGGGUCUUACAAUGCCAAGGUACUGUCUGUUUGGAGACACUGUCAACACAGCAUCUCGAAUGGAGUCCACAGGGUUGCCUUACAGAAUCCAUGUCAAUAAAAGCACAGUUGAUGUCCUGAACAGCUUGAAGUUGGGAUACAAAAUUGAUUGCAGAGGCAUGACCGAGUUAAAGGGAAAAGGUGUUGAGAACACCUUUUGGCUGGUAGGGAGGGAGGACUUCACUAAGCCUCUUCCUAUUCCUCCAGAUAUUCACGGGGGAGGCAACCAUGGUAUCAGUUUAGAGGAGAUACCUCCUGAUAGAAGACAGAAAUUCCUGGACCGACAGAAGAAGAUGGGCUAGCUUCUUCUUUUUUUUUUUUUCACAAAAAAAGAGUAGCAAGAUUUCCCGGUCAUGGACACACAAAGAGAUGCAUGAAUGAGGAGCCGAACAUCCAUCUGCAGAGCACUUUAACUUUUGCUAUGCUGAAAAAUGAAAUCCUGCCGCAGCAAAAUCGCAUUUUUUGGAUAUAUCGAAAUCAUUUCUGUAAAAAAAAGACUCUUGCUUGGGGAUUAUCAUUCUCUUCCUUCAUAGUUUUAGCAGAUUGAUGCCACUGUAAACCCUCCACAGUCCUGAGUUGCAGAAAUUAGGCAAGCAAAGGCAACUGUCCAAACUGCAUUUGUUGAAGGGAUGUCUGUUCUGAAAAAGGUGUUGGUUUGGAGAGCAGCAGCUGCCUGACUGUAAGGACUGUAAUUGUGAUGGAUGUGUCUAAAAGUGAAACCGUCUCAUCUAAUACUUCAUGUACUGUAUAUGUGUUUGAACUGAUCUUUGUGCUCUUUAGAGGUAUUGGAGAGAUGUGAUCAUGAUGAGUGUACGUAACAAUCAUUUCAGGUAUAAUGGACUCUCGGUUAGAGAAGUAGUCUUUCAUAUCAAACCAAAAUUCAAAUGAUUAGGUCAGUCAGGAUGGAGAGCUCAGGCCAGGGAUCAGUUAUGAUUUUGCUUUUGUUUAUUGUUUAUUCACACAUCUGAUGUACGAAGCCAUACUAUAUCUGAAUACGUCACACAGAGCACCUGUUUGUUUGUUUGUUUUUAUCUCAAAACUCUAUACUUUUGAUUCAUGGGUCUGUUAAAAUUAGACUCCACUUUAGGAUUUAUUCAUCCUAAUUUACCAGUUUGAAUAAUUAUAUCUAAGGACAAGAAUGUGCUCUAACAUUGACUUUAGCAUUAUUUUUCUGAUGGUGAUGGUUUUUCGACUUAAUUUUAUGCUAAUGCCCUUUUGUUUUGUGUAUUGAUUUGAACAUUUUCUACAUGUAAAAGAAGCACAUAACAUGCAAACAUGACCCAAACCACUUUACUGACUUGUAUGUAGCUUAUUGCUCAAACACGCUUCAUGCAUUCCUAGGUGCACUGUAACACUGUACCAUGAAUUCAGCCAUGCAUGCUGUGUGUUGCACAUUGCUCUAAUAGGACAGGAGUAGGAGGACCUGGUUAUUGUGUCAUACAGCAUAUC